AUGGCAAGUCUACAGGGCGAGAGUAUCUCGUCCAUGCAGUCGAUGGUCCUCGAUCUUCCCCCAAGCUGCAUCGAGUUUUGCCCUGCACACCCAUCAUAUUUCGUGGUUGGAACAUAUCAUCUCGAAAAGGAAGCCGACGAACCACCAAGUAGCACAGAAACACCAGGAGAUAACGAUGAGGACCCAUCUGAGACCAAGGCCGGCAGCCAAUCUCAGAGUAGAAACGGCAGCCUGAUUGUCUUUGAGCUUCAAGACGGACAAGUACAUGCCGUCCAAACCAUCCCUCAGCCUUCCGCCGUUUUCGAUCUACACUUCCAGCCACAAGGUGACAAAGGCGACAUCUGCGCCGCAGUAUCGAGCACAGGAACAAUUUCCUUCUUCAAACUCUUGCCUCCUUCUCCUCCUGCAGGGACAGGACCUCGAGGCCAGGACGAUGAGACAUCAGAACCGAGAGGAGAGAUCCUCAGGCCCCUGAGCGUCCUGCGGAUACCAGAUCUGGGCGAGGACAUCCUCUUCACGUAUUUUGCCUGGCACCCCACCGACGCCGGCCUCAUGGCCAUCACCACAGCCGGCGGGCAGGUCAUCCUCGUCCAGAUCCACGAUGACUACCAGGGCCUCGACGUAUCGCACGAGUCUCUCCUCGAGCACAGUAUGGAGGCCUGGGUCGCUGCCUUCUCCUCGCCACCACCACCGCCACCAUCACCACCCGCCGAGUCCACCCCACCCCCCUACACAGUCUUCUCCGGUGGCGACGACUCGGCACUAAAGUACACCACCCUCAACUCCUCAUUUAAUCCAUACACCCCAACCCUCACACCCUACCCCGCCAUCACACUGACCAACCACACCGCAGGCGUGACCGCCCUCCUCCCGCUCUACCUGCCAGCCUCCCCUCACCACCACCACCAACACCUGAUCCUUCUCCUCACAGGCAGCUACGACGACACCCUCCGCGUCUUCACCAUCGAGCCCCUACACACCACCUACGGCGCGCGCAAGGCGACCCUCCUCGCAGAGAUCAACCUCGGCGGCGGCGUCUGGCGGCUGAACGCCAUCGGCAAUCCUGUAGCUGUCGCCGGGAGAGGUGGAGCGUGGGAGGUCAUUGUGCUCGCCUCGUGUAUGCACGCCGGCCCGCGGGUGCUGAGGAUCCGGGGGGUCGGCGGACAGGAGGAGGAGGAGGAGGAGGGGGGGGGGAGAGGUGCGGCUGUGAAUGUGAACGUGGAAGUGGAUGUGUUGGGGCGGUUUGAGGAGCACAAGAGUAUGAACUACGGGAGCGACUGGUCUAGGAUCGAGAGCAGGCUGGUCCCUUCGGCGGGCGAGAAGAGGGGUGAGGUCUUGUGUGUUUCGACGAGUUUUUAUGACAGGCUGCUUUGUGUUUGGAAGUGCAAGUUGCCUGCUCGAGAGGGCGACAUAAAUUGA